CUCAAAAUGAUUGUCCAUGCAAACAGAACAUAAACAUGGAUGACGAUGCAGAUAUUGCCGUUGUUGGCAUAGGAUGCAAUUUCCCUGGAGGUGAGGGACUUGAGAACUUCUGGAGGGUCCUUCUUCAUGGAAAGAACUGUGUCAUUCAAAUACCAAUUGAAAGAUUUGACCUCACUCAAUGGUAUGAUUCAGAUGAAAGUAAACCAGGAAAGACAUACACAGCAAAAGCAGCACUUAUUGAUGGUUUAAAUGAGUUUGACCACAAGUUCUUUGGCAUCACUGAAGCUGAAUCAUCCAAUAUGGACCCUCAGCAUAAACUUUUGCUACAGUGCACGUACAGAGCCCUAGAGAACACUGGGAUACCAAUGGAAAAGGCCAGUGGAACAAGUACAGGAGUGUUUUUGGGUUUGAUGAACAGAGACUUUGAGGUGGGCUCAGCGAGAAUUAACCCGAAACAAAUAGAUCACUCCUACAGUACUGGCAUAGCAAUGAGCAUAGCUGCCAACCGCAUCUCCUACACAUUUAACUUUACUGGUCCUUCACUGUCCAUUGACUGUGCCUGCUCCUCAUCACUUGUUGCCCUUCACUUUGCUUGUCAGGCCAUAAAACAAGGUGACUGUGAAAUGGCUGUGUGUGGAGGUGUGACCUGCAUAUUGGAGCCAACAGUGUUUGUGGCUCUAUCCAAGGCAAAGAUGAUAUCCCCUGAAGGUACCAGUAAACCUUUCAGUAGAAAAGCAGAUGGAUAUGGGAGAGGAGAAGGCUGUGGGGUUGUUGUUCUAAAGCCUCUGAAAAAGGCUCUUCAAGACCACAAUCAUAUCUGGGGCAUCAUUAGCAAAACAGCAGUAAAUCAAGAUGGCCACACUGUUAGCCCUAUAACCAAACCAUCCAUGAUACAGCAAGAGGAGCUACUUAGAAAAAUCUACUCAACAGACACUGAACUGACUAGUGUCCAGUACAUUGAGGCUCAUGGGACAGGGACUCCAGUUGGAGAUCCAGUUGAGGCAGGUAGUAUUUCGAAAGUCAUUGCCAAAGCAAGACUUCGUGAAUCUGGACCACUCCUCAUUGGUUCUGUUAAGAGCAACAUUGGACACACAGAAUCUGCAGCAGGUAUUGCCGGACUUAUAAAGAUUCUCUUGAUGAUGAAGCAUGAAACAUUUGUGCCCUCAGUGUUCUACUCAGAAGAUGACUCCAGCAUAGACACUAAAUCUCUCAACCUAAAAAUUCCCACCACAGCAGAGAAAUGGCUCACUGAUAAUACUGUGAGAACCGCUGGAGUCAAUAAUUUUGGGUUUGGUGGAACAAACGCACACGCAGUAGUCAGACAGUGUGUGCAGUCAAAGAGAACAAGAAAUCAGAUUAUUAAAUCACAUCAGUUCUUUGUGCUUUCUGCAGCCUCUGAAAAAUCACUCAAAAUGAUGAUGGAAGAUACUGCAGAACAGAUUAGUGUUGGGACUAUAACAGAUCUACAAUCUUUACUGUUCACAUCUGCCUGUAGAAGAAGUCAUCUGAAACACAAAUACAGGAAAGUUUUUCAGACAUCGUCCUUGACAGACCUGAAAGAGACACUUACUGCUGCCGUACAGAAAAAGCUUGCCCCUUCAAAGACAGACUCCAAGUUAGUCUUUGUGUUUUGUGGUAAUGGUUUAACUUAUCCUGGUAUGUGCAAGCAGCUCCUAAAACAAGAACCUGUUUUUAGGGAAGUUGUGGAGAAGAUCGAAACCCUGAUGCAAAGCUAUACAAGUUUCAACCUGAUUGAGAAGUUAGAAAGUAAAUCUGAUGACUUCACUGAUCCAAAAGAUGUCCAGCCUCUCCUGUUUGCUAUUCAGGUUGCGAUUACUAGCCUCCUAAAGCACUGGGGCAUCACUCCUGAUGCUGUUCUUGGGCACUCAAUUGGAGAGGUUGCUGCAGCUAAUUGUUCUGGUUUGUUGUCACUCGAGGAUGCAGUCAAAGUCAUCCACUAUCGCAGUUCAUUGCAAAGCACAGUAAAAGGAGGGAAAAUGCUGGUUGUCAGUAAUAUGGCUGUUUCUGAAAUCAUGAAACUUCUUCCAUCUUAUUCAGGAAGAGUUUGUCUGGCUGCUUACAACAGCCCACAGUCAUGUACCCUCUCAGGAGAUGCAGAUGACAUUGACAGAUUGCAUGAAUAUUUAAGCAACUCAGCCAGUGCAAACAAUCUCUUCCUUCGCAUUCUGGAUGUCCCUGCUGCCUAUCACAGCCACAUGAUGGAUCCCAUUGUAUCUAGAGUAAAAGAGAAUAUAGCCUCAUUACAGGGACAAAAUCUGGUGACAGAAUUGUUCUCAACAGUGACCGGUGAAAGUCUGUGCUCCUCAGAUUUUAUUACUGGUGAAUACUGGGCAAGAAAUAUCAGGGAGCCAGUUGUAUUUGAACAAGCUGUAAGGUCAGCAGCUAAAAACAGAAGGAAUGUGAUCUUUGUUGAGAUUGGCCCAAGAAGAUCUUUGCAGAGGUACAUCACAGAGACUCUGGGAAAUGAUGUCAAUGUUCUUCCCUCAGUGCAGCCAGAUAAGGAUCACGAUACAAUGCUUGCUAUUGUAUCCAAAUUGUUUGAGCUUGGAGUCCAAGUGGAUUGGGGAAUGUUUUACAAAGGAUGUGAGACUGAACCAAUUCCUCACCCACGCUAUCAGUUUGAUAAUGUGAAGAAAGAUGUCUUCUCCUCUGAUCUCCAGUUGGCUGGUCCUACCAGCAACCACCCAGUAGUGACACAAAUGAGUUCAGACAGCUCCGUUUUCAGCUGUGAUUUAUUAUCUGACUCAGUGGCCUACCUCCAGGACCACAAACAUAAUGGUGUUGCCAUCCUUCCUGGUGCAUUGUAUGCUGAAUUGGGCAUAGCAACCUUCAUGGUGUAUGCAAAACCAAGAGUCCCACUCAGUUCUCUGCAACUCAACGUCACAUUCCAGAGUCCUUUCAUUUUCACACAGAAUGCCCCAAAAAUGCAAGUUAAAUUGGAUCCAUCAGACAAUUUAGCAGAGAACACAUGCAAUUUCAAAGUACAGUCUAAUUCUGGAGUCUAUGCAUUUGGCAGUGUAGAAGCAAAGCCAGGUAGAUUGCCUGAAGUGCAGACCAUGGCAUUGGACUGUAUUUUCAAACGAUGCACAUGUCUCAUCACUACAGAAGAGCUUUACAAACAUCUUAGUCAGACAGGACUUGAGUACGGUUCUGUCUUCAGAAAUAAAUCUGAUGUUUAUUGUGGUGAAGAAUUCAGAGAGUGCAUAUCUGUUUUAAGGAUCCCAGAAGAAUUACUUCUUAAUUUACAUGACUAUUACGUUCACCCUGUUGUCUUGGAUUAUGUCAUGCAGCUUAUUCCCGGAACUAUGGUGGGCAAGCUUUCAGCAAGACCUCAAUUUCCUGCACAAAUAGGUAGCUUGACUGUAUUUGAACCAUUUCAAGAGGAGAUGGUUGUGUAUUUGAAAGCAAUACAUGAGGGGGAAGAUAAUUUUGAAAUCUGUGGCUGCUUAACCAACAAACAAGGCAAGGUUUUGGUUGAGCUCAGUAAUGUGAAGAUCAGAAUGCUGGGAAGUCGUUCUUAUGUUGUCGAUGAAUACUUCUUCCACCACAACUUCAGCAUCACGGCUGAAGAUGCCACCUUGAAUACAUCAAUCAAGGCACUUGUCUUUUCUGAUGAGGUAGGGAUUUCCAAAGCUUUGCAACAGUACUUACACCGUGCGUCAAGAUAUAUUCCAUCAUCAAAUAGCAAUACACUGUCGGAAUGUGGACCUGAAUUUCUUUUGUCAAAGCUGAAAAUUUCAAAUGUAACGAAAAAUUUCCAGGAAAUUUUGUUCAUGUGGGGUGAUGCAGACCUAACUUCUCUCAAAUCAGAAAAUGUCUUGGACAUCAUGGCAGGUUGUUGUGAGAUUUUCAGAAAGAUUGUUGGAUAUCUCAAGGCUAAUCAUUUCCCAGGUGCUAUCAGAGUAAUAACUUAUAGGUCCUCUGAGAGUUUAGUGGAUCACAUCAGUCCUGGGUUUGUUCUACUAGGCAUGAUAAGAGCAUGUGCAGCUGAGUUGUCAGAACUAUCAUUUCAGCUGAUUGACUUGGGCUCUAUUUCAUCUGAAGAUAUCAAAGCAUUGGCUCAGGUCCUCAGAACACACCCCUGUAGCAAGUAUCCAGAGCUGGUAGUGAAAGAGGGCACAAUUCUCAAACCUGAAAUCAUCCACACACCAUUGCCAAACAUGGAGAGCAUAUCAAAAAGUGUCCACAUGAUGCACAAUGAAGUCUUCACCUUGCAAACAUCUGAUCCAUAUGAAAUAACAAAUUUAUCAGCUACACAAGUGGACAAUUCCGGUGAACCAAUUCGGGGAAAAAACAUUGAAGUUAAACUCAGUAAAAUUUGUGUGCAUUCAUCAGACUACUUUCCUGUCAGUACCUCUGAGUUCACUUAUGGCAAGACAAUGUAUUGGAACAAGCACACAAAUCGAAACCACAAACUUCUAGCCCUUGAUUUCAAUGGGAUUGUCACAGAUGUGGGUAAAGAUGUGAACAAAUUGAAAGUUGGUGACCAGAUUGCUUGUUGUUAUCCUGUGGCUGCCACCUCCAAAGUUGUUCUCCCAGAAUCUGUUUGCUACAAAACAAAAAGGCUUACAUUCUUGAAGGACAACCCCUGUAUAUCUUAUAUGGUAUUGGCCUGGGAGGUUCUGCAUGAGAUUUUACCCAAAGCCAAAAAUCAGAGGAAAUUGGCCAUUUUCUCAACUGUUCCUGACUCCUGUUUGAUGAAGGUCUUUACUACUGCUGCAAACAGAUCAGGUUGGAUUGUCAGAGUGAGCACACUGGCAGAUCAGCUUGCUUGUGAUCUUAAUGAGGUGGAAGGAGCUGUCUUUCUUCCUCCAUUUAAUGAGAAGAUCAUUGAAACAGUCAGCAAAGUUACAGUCAUCAAAGAUGUUGUUCUUGUCUGUGACAACUUGCCAGAGUUUCAAAUCAAUCCAAAAACUUUUAGACAUACCAAUGAUGAAGUCCACGUACAUUACCUCUUCAUGUCUCAAAUAAUACAGAAAUGGUCUCUGCGUAUUAAGAUGCCAAAAGUCUACCGCUGGCUGAAAUCCAUGCAUUUGGACAGAAAGUCUUUAGAUUUAAACACAACAAAUUUUCAAGGAAGGAAAUCUGAAGACAUUGAACUUCUCUUUGUAAAAGAGUCUGAUUCAUACUUCACAAGCCAGAUUCUACCCAUCAUAAUCCUGAACAAUGAUUACAAAGACCAGCUGUCAGAUAUUCCACUUUUGGCCAAACAAAGACUUUUCCAGAAAAAUUCAGUCUAUAUCGUCACAGGUGGUCUGACAGGGCUGGGCUAUGAGACGGUGAAGUUCAUUGCUCAGAAAGGCGGAGGAAACAUUGUCAUUUUUUCAAGGAGCAAUCCAAAUCCUCAAAUUCAGCAAGAAUGUCAGAAUGUCGGUGAUCGUUCUGGUUCUGUCAUUAAGUGGCUACAGUGUGAUGUUUCCGUAUCAGAACAAGUUGAACAGGCAAUUGUUCACGUUGGAAAACUUUUUCCAUCGAGUCCAGUCAAAGGAAUCUUUCACAGUGCAGUUGUCCUGCAUGAUGGGCUCAUCGAAAGUCUUGACAAAUCUCUUUAUGAAAAAGUAAUGAGACCAAAAGUUAAUGGAGUGAUUAACCUUCACCGUGCUACUAAACACUGUCAUCUGGAUUACUUUGUAUGCUAUUCCUCAAUCUCUGCCUUCAUUGGCAAUGCAUCACAGACAAACUAUGCAGCUGCUAAUACAUUCAUGGACACUUUCUGCCAAUACCGCAGAAACAUGGGACUUUCAGGACAGUCAAUCAACUGGGGGGCUUUAAAUCUUGGCCUCCUGUUGAACAAAGUGCAUUUCCAAAGAUUUCUUGAGGCAAAGGGAAUCAUGCUACUGGAAGUCCCAGAAAUUCUUGAAAGUCUUGAGCAAUGCCUCAUAAUCAACAAACCUCAACAGGUUGUAUGCAAGUUCAAUUUCAAAAACAACUGGAAUAAUGUCCUCAGUCAAAACAAGUCUUUGAGUGCCCGACUGUACAGACUAACAGAGGAAGCCUUGAGGAAAGACAGAGUAAGCUUAUCCAGACCUGACCUGCCCAUCACAUCACCACGUGAAUAUAUGAGGUCAAUGAUCAGUGAAACAAUUGGUGUUGAGAUGGACGACCUUAAUGAUGACACUCAUCUUUCUGAUUUAGGCAUUGACUCAAUGUUAGCCAUGACUCUGCAAAAUAAAAUCUUCCAGGACAGAGGUGUGAAUGUCCCUCUAGUGACUCUACUGGAUCCAAACAGUACUCUGUCAAGUCUCAUCAAAAUCCUGCAGGAUAAUUCUGUAGAGGAGCUUCAAAGCAAAGAUGAUAACUUAUCUACAUAUCUAUAAUGAUGAUAUUUUCCCCAAAGCAGUCAACAUUAUUCAAAACGACUAUUCAGGAAUUCAUGACAAUUUGUCAUAAAUUAUAUAAUUAAACAAAGUAUAAAUAGCAAGUACAUUAUCUGUGCAUGUGAAAUCAUUCAGUGUCUUCAUAGAUUUCUAUGUCUAUUUUUAAUGCAUUAAUUUGUGUAUAGUUAAACAUAACAUGUAUCCCAUAUGAGUGACUGAAUACUCAUGUGUCUUUGUUGAUCUGAAGAAAUCAAGUUAACAGUUGUUGGGAUCGCAGAUUACAAUUUUUGAGUUUAAUUAGUAGUAUUGUCAAGAAUGAUUAAAAUAUUGCCUGAUUUAUGAACACAAUAAAGACAUAAUCUCCUUUUUA